CCCGCCGCGGGAGAGCAGGACUGCUGCGGGGAGCGCGUGGUCAUCAACAUCUCGGGGCUGCGCUUCGAGACGCAGCUCAAGACCCUCUGCCAGUUCCCCGAGACGCUGCUGGGCGACCCCAAGCGGCGCAUGCGGUACUUCGACCCGCUCCGCAACGAGUACUUCUUCGACCGCAACCGGCCCAGCUUCGACGCCAUCCUCUACUACUACCAGUCCGGGGGCCGCAUCCGCCGGCCGGUCAACGUGCCCAUCGACAUCUUCUCGGAGGAGAUCCGCUUCUACCAGCUGGGCGAGGAGGCCAUGGAGAAAUUCCGGGAGGACGAGGGCUUCCUGCGCGAGGAGGAGCGGCCGCUGCCCCGCCGCGACUUCCAGCGCCAGGUGUGGCUGCUGUUCGAGUACCCCGAGAGCUCGGGGCCGGCCCGGGGCAUCGCCAUCGUGUCGGUGGUGGUCAUCCUCAUCUCCAUCGUCAUCUUCUGCCUGGAGACGCUGCCCGAGUUCCGCGACGAGAAGGAGUACCCAGCCUCGACGUCGCAGGACCUGCCCGAGGCGGCCAGCAACAGCACGUCGGGGUCCCCCACGGGAGCCUCCAGCUUCUCGGACCCCUUCUUUGUGGUGGAGACCCUGUGCAUCAUCUGGUUCUCCUUUGAGCUGCUGGUGCGGUUCUUCGCUUGUCCUAGCAAAGCCACCUUCUCGCGAAACAUCAUGAACCUGAUAGACAUCGUGGCCAUCAUCCCUUAUUUCAUCACGCUGGGCACCGAGCUGGCCGAGCGGCAGGGCAAUGGACAGCAAGCCAUGUCCCUCGCCAUCCUGAGGGUCAUCCGCCUGGUGAGGGUCUUCCGCAUCUUCAAGCUCUCCCGCCAUUCCAAGGGGCUGCAGAUCCUGGGGCAGACGCUGAAGGCGUCCAUGCGGGAGUUGGGGCUGCUCAUUUUCUUCCUCUUCAUCGGGGUCAUCCUCUUCUCCAGCGCCGUCUACUUUGCUGAAGCAGACGACCCCGCCUCGGGUUUUAGCAGUAUCCCGGAUGCCUUCUGGUGGGCAGUGGUAACCAUGACGACCGUAGGGUACGGUGAUAUGCACCCAGUGACCAUAGGGGGCAAGAUUGUGGGGUCACUCUGUGCCAUCGCCGGUGUUUUGACCAUCGCUUUGCCAGUCCCUGUGAUUGUUUCCAACUUCAAUUACUUCUACCACCGGGAGACAGAAGGGGAAGAACAAGCCCAGUACCUGCAUGUGGGGAGUUGCCAACACCUCUCCGCUUCUGCGGAAGAGCUCGGAAAGGCGAGGAGUAACUCCACGCUGAGUAAGUCUGAGUAUAUGGUGAUCGAAGAAGGAGGUAUGAACCAUAGCACUUUCCCCCAGACCCCUUUCAAAACGGGCAAUUCCACUGCCCCCUGCACCACGAACAAUAAUCCCAACGCCUGUGUCAACAUCAAAAAGAUAUUCACUGACGUUUAAUCUCUGGUCCAAGUGACAUGCUGUGCUCAGUAUUUGUGGAACGUGCCCCUUGGUCUGUGUACGCCCUUGCUUUAUACAUUUCCAGACCAUUCAUCCAGGAAAGGACAGGAAGAAGUGCAGAACACACUUCAUUUGCCCUCUCCCGACUGCUUCAUACUGAAACAGGUGUCUGUUUUGCAAACGGGCUGCAUUCUCUCAGCUCUCCUUUUUUUUUCUCCCUCUCUCUUAAUCUUGCAAACAAAAAGCUUACUUAAAACUUGACUUCUAGUACACCCCCUAUUUAAAAAAAAAACACAAAACUGGGUACAUCCUGGGAGGAAAUGAAGCUAAAGAACAGUUAGAGUAACCGUUUCACCUCAAAAGCAACGGCAGCAGUUUCUUUACUGAGUAAAGCAGGCACAUGCUUAAUGCUUCAGUGUGAUGGACCCUUCAGCUCAUUGAGUGUUUAGUUUUGUUGCCUACACUGUGGAUAUGUGGAUGCAAAGUCUCACUGGAACAAUGACUUGUAGAACCAUCUUAAGUUUAUUUGGUUUUGGAUAGAAUUUCUAUUUGGGAACCCCCUUCCCCAAAUGUUAAGGCUCUCUCCAACUUUGAGCAAAGGGAAAUGCUCAGAGUGUUCCGUCAGAAAUGACUAAUUAGUUUAACCCUUUGGGGCUUGUUAAACAUUUUGAAAGUAUCCGACUAACAGAUUCCUGCAAAGUUCUGUGUGUGUGUUCCAGCCAACAUCUCUCAAAGUCUAGAAACAGAUGUUUCCAGUGCUGCUGAGAGAAGCAAGCAAACAAAAAUUACUAAUACAUCUGAGAGAUAAGCUUCUGCAGCAUCAUAAGAAGAUUAAAGUGGCAGACACUCCUUCCAGCGGAAGUUACUAAUUCGGACCUGACUGAUGCAGUUCCCAUAGCAACCCGUGUUUCCUGGGAAACCCGAAAAAGGUUGUCAUGGCAUCUCCUGCUCUCUAGCCCCGCCCCCUGGCCCCUGCCGUUUCCACAGUAACCUUUCCAGAUGGUUCUGACUUACAUGAUUUCAUAAGGAGAAUCACUGUUUGAAUAAACCGCACAAAUAAAGUUAAGUCUGAGAAUCCAAGGUGGUGAAAUGAAUCACAAAACGUCUUUUUUUUUUUUUUUAACUACAAAAGAUCAUUAAUCUCAUCCCAUAAUGACUGAGUCGAGAAGGAAAAUACCGUCUUUGGAAUGUUAGCUAUACACCACAACCAGGUAUGAUUUGAAUUCAAUGCCAGUAAUCAGGCAAUAUUUUAAAAGAUGCUUCUCUACUUUUUUCUUUCUCCAAGAAGUUUCAAACCAACAACUGAAGUUUCAUGACUGUGUGGUGUGCAUAACCAAAUGAGAAAGCCCACCAGUGUACCUGAGAUCUUCAGGCUUCCUUUUUAAAAGAAAUCCAAGUCUCACCACAGCACUGCCACCAUCACAGCACUUGAAAAGCUAAAUAAACUUGAAAAAUAUACAGGAUGCACGUUUUUAACUGAGGGAAUUGCAGACAAUCAAUAAAAAGGAGGGACGGGAAGGAACCAAUUCUUGGGGAAAUACCUGCACACUUCAGCCCUAUGGCAGGGGUUGCCAGAAGACAAACAGAAUCAGUGUUCUCUACAGCAGUCCCAAGCCCUUCCCGCCUCUGCACUGUGAAGUGAUAACCCCUCCCACUAAGAAAUCCAAAGAAGCAAAGUGCCCUAGUCUGAAGACUUAUGGAAACACUGUGAGAAAGAGCACAUCCUUGAAGAGUCCACAGAACGCAUUAUGGAGCUGCACCGACCGGUAGGAGGCGCACUUUUAGAUUGUCGGAGUGGAGAGCGCAGUCUCAUUUAUCGCUGAAGCCGGUGACAUUGCGGUCUGCCUGCGCAUAGUUUUGUUUCAGUUGACAUUAAAUCACAUGUCUUUACUAAAUGCUUCAUAGAAAGGAAACAGCUCUGAAACUGGAGGAUUCUCUUGUAAGUGUGUGCAAUAUAAAAGAUACCGAUCAAGAGAGAAAGAACAUUUAAAAAAUUAAGGUAUCAUGUUGACCUUUGACAUUUUGAUGAGAUGGAAUCAAUCAAAAAUCAGUUCCACUGAUAAAGAAAAUCUGUUUGUUUCUAGCAAACCAACUAUAUUGUUUCUUCUUUCAGUUAUUUACUGUUUAGCCCUGAGAUAUUUUAAUGUUACAGUUCAUGCUUCCCAUGUUCUGGAUUAUGUACAACUUUAUUUGUGAAGGUGUGUUUUGUGCCAAAGGCUCUCAUACCUAGUUUAGCCUAUUUCUACGUAAAUAAGUGAAGUCUACACUGUGCCCACAUGAAUGAUAUUAAAGACAGACUUGCCUAAAAGAAAUGUGCCUUGCUUGAUUAAGCAUCUUUUACUUUUUGAUCCAAGAUGAUAGAUUUGUGAAAUACUCUUAUAGGUUUUAGCUGAGCUUAACUUUAAAAAAAAAAAAUUAGUAUUAUUAUAUUGUUUAAGUUGUCUAUCUUCAGUCAAAUGUUAAUGUUUAGUUAUCUCUUGGACAGUUCAUAUAUAAUAUACUCAUCCAUGUCUAGUUUUCACAUCAAGCACAUUCUUAAAGAUGUUUGUAAUAUUUCAUCUAAUGUUUAUAGAAUUUCAUUUUAAAUUCUCUUGACUUAUUUUCUAUUUUUAUAUUCUUUUAAAAAUGAUUUUUCCAAUAAAAAUCAAACUUUUAGUUGGUAAAGACAUUUAGGAGGUCAUGAAGGUGAUUUCCUAUUUGGGGGAUGUUUCACUUCUGUGCCAUUAUUAAUGUAUUUACUGUGACAUUUCAGCAGAAUAGUAGCUAUUUGUAUAUUAUUUAAGAAGCCUUAACUGUGAACAUUCAGCAUAAAGCAGGCAUUUUUAAUUUCUGCAUUUUCUUCCCGGACAAUACCAGAACAAAUACAUAAAUAACCAAUCUCCUGUUAUUCAGAUACAUAGCAAUGCUAAGUCAUAAUAAGAGCACUUACAGAAUUUCUUAACAAAAAUAUUUCAGUAACAAAGUCAAAAUUACAAUACUUUUUUUCAUGCUCUGUUUAAGAAAAUACUGGUGGUAAAUUUACUGUUAAAAGAAUCAGUAGCUGAAACAGUCUUACACCUUCUAGCAGCAAAACAAUGACUAGGAGAUACAAUCCAGGUAAAUUUCUUUGAGGCAAUGUCUACAAUGAGCUUUGCAUAACCUGCUGGUAAUUCCUCUAUAGUCAAAAUUUUGAGGCCAGGUCAUUCUAGGAAAAAGCAAAAUAAGAGUGUCAAAUUUGAGCUAUGUGAACCUCCAAUCUGGAUGAUUUGUGACUAAAGUGAAAAUAUUACCACUACUAUGCUUUUCCUCUAUGUUAGCCCAUGAGUGGAGACUGACUUAAAAUGGUUAGUCCAUUCCAGCCAACUUACGACUGAUCACAGCCAAGUCAGGAGUAAGGUCAUUCACAUCAAAGUUAGGAUGAUUGAAACAGAAUGAUCAAAUGUCCUGUAGAGGUCUUAAGCUAUUCAGAUGCUUUAAUAAGGAUCAGAAAGGAUCAGUGUUAUAAAUAUACACACAGGAAUUACUUUUAUAAAGUACCAGUGACACAGCUUUACGCAGUACAGUAUGGUUAACAUCAUCUGCAUUAUUACUACAUCCUACAGUUUCAAAUAAAGACCAAAUCAGAAUGGUAUCAAUGCCAUAUCAAAUAUGACUCACCAAUUGAGUAGCAAAUACCACAUUGGUCUAGCUAUCAUAGAGAAAUCUUACUUUCCCACUGUCAGAGGGACCUAGAAAACCACUCACCAUUGCUAGGCUUCCGUUUCCUGAAUUACAAAACAGUUGUGCUGGGUUAACUAAUCUCCAAAGCUCCUUCCAUAGGUUUUGAAGAAUACUCAUGUACUCUGAUUUCCUUAUGUAUUUCUGAAGGGAAAAAGUAAAUGGAAAUGAGUAUUGAGCCUUGAGUGUUACAAAUUGAUCACUUGAUUGUGAGAAAAGGAAAUAGGAUUUUUUUUUUCCUUCUCUAAUCGUUGUGACUGUUCUAUCAUGGGAUCACGGAAAAGCAGAAAAUUCCUCUGCAGAAUGGAAACUGGUUCGUGAAAUAGCUGAAACAGGAGGGAGGUUAUUUGGUCGAAGGAUAGGACGAAAGGUGAUGGGGAAUUGUCUGUGAAAUGCUAACCCAGGACCACAGCUUAGCUGUUACAGUCUUGGGAGCUGUAGAAAGUUUGAGGGGUGAGAGAGCUCUUGGUUGUCUUUGCAGGAGAAGUAGUUUGGGGGACAGAAGCCACUACUGUGCUGUCAUGCCAGGUCUGUCCACAGCUCACCGCCCUGGGAAAGUCCACUAACCUCAGAGCCACAGUUUAUUUGUCCAAUGAAGACUUUAAAUUUGGCUUCAAAUUACAGCUUUGAAAAUUCUGUGAUCUUUCAGGCUAUUAAAUAUGUGUGCGUGAGCACAUUCCCCUCAGUCAUGAAGUCACUGAGAUGCUGUGUUUCCAUUCGUGGGACCCAGCAGACCACAAAUCCAGAUGUCCCUGUUUUACCAUGGCCAGCUGACCACAGCAAGACGUGAAUUUCAGCUUCCUUUUACUUUUAACCAUGGUUUAGUUUUUAUGCUGUAUCACUUUAUUUUGAAGGUGGAGUUAGUUCUCUAAAUGAGACAUUUGUCGAAGUGAACCUUCUGUGUAGUUUAAUAAACAUUUGGCAAAGCAAAUGUACUGUGCUCACCAAUGAAUUGUAUCUUAUUGUAAGGUACAUUUUUGUCAUGUUAAAAAGUCAAUGCCCUUUUGAUCCCAGAAGCAAUGACUAUAAUUUAAAAUACUAUUCACAAAAUUUUGUGAAUUUUAGUGACUCCAAAAGAGGCCUGAUAGAGCCAUAUUACAAUGAAUUUUGCUCAGGAGUGAGAAUCAGAAUUCAGGGAUAACCCAAACACUUCUGUUUGGUGUAAGCAGACAGUUGGAAAAAGAAGGGUUAUAUAGGUUUUGCACAACAUAGAUGAGAAGUAACUAUAUAUUCAUGGAAAAACAGAGUAUAUUCUAGUUGCUGGUUUUAUGGUAGAGUAUGCUAGAAGGAUGCUAAAAUGUGGCAAAUAGGAGAUGCAACAAAAUGAUACUAACCCAUUGAAUAAUACAGAAAUAUUUUGUCAUACUGAGAUUAUUUGUCCAUGUUCUGGUCAUAUAUCCUUCCAUUCAGAAAAGGGGGUGGUUUUAAAGGCCUCUAUGCUAAUAAGAAAUGUGUAUUUUGACUAGUAGAGCAAUUCAGUAAACAUUUCAUCAGAUCAUUUUGGUUGUGAAUCUGAACUUUUAUUUUAUAUGUAAUUGAAUCUCUUAUGUAUUAGUGUUAGUGGUCUUUGUGAAAAGUAAAUUCAUCUAUAUUUUAAAGGUGAUGAAAUUUGCUAAAUGGUGAUCUCGCAUAUUCUGUAUCUAACAAUUUGUGACCCUACGGUACUAAAACAAACCAUAGUAGUAGUUCUUCCCGUAAAUUGUCUCCAUGAUGUGAUAUCUCAAUGCUGGGUUUGGGGUGGGGAGGUUAGCUAUUUAGCUUACUUAAACUUGUCAAAGUGUUUUUCCUAACUACCGUAAACUUAUAUUAUUGUCAUCCAAAUGAGAAUAUCCAUUUUUGUUCCAUCUAAAGGGCACUGUUUUGACCAUUUUUGGACGCACCUCCCAUAAAAUGGUCUGAUUUCUGUUAAAAAGUUCCUGCAUAUAUCACAAGGGAAAGCAAACAGUGCAUGUUCUAUUUCUAUAUAUACCAAACCCAUACUAUACCAAACCCGUUUGUGUUCUUAGACAGAUGCAAAUAUCACAAUAACAAAAUAGUUUGAAUUUUUCAGAGCUGUCUAACAUUUGUUUAUCAUUUCAUACUUUGCAAAUCACUCAUUUUAUUUCAUCUUUAAAAUGUCACAUGAAAUAAUAAUAUCCUCUGAAGUUUAAAGAUUAAACAAUCAAGAUUCAGAGAGAUCAUGUUUUUUUUUCCUUCUGUAACUCUUAUUCUCUUUAAAACUUGCAGUAAAAUUUAAUGUUCAAUCAAAUGAUGGGAAAUUCCAUGUUUCAGUGACAAGACCUUGUUGCCAGCAGACCUAUUUAGAGAGUUCUCAAGUAUAGUUCUUGCACAGAGUAAGAACCAGCCUUUUCUACCUAAAGCAUAGUGAGUCACACCCCUUGGCCAGAGACAUUAAAUGCCAGCCUGAAAUGUGAUCUUCUUUUAAAAAAACCUAUCAUAAUGACUAAUUGUUGAGCAGUUGAAAGGAGCAAUAAUGAAACCAAGAAGUUGCAAUCAUCCCUAUCCAGAGAAACAAUUGCCAGGCCCAUGAAAGCAACCACUUUUCUUCCUGUUGUUUUUUUAUCAUGUGUUCUAUGGUUAAGGGGAUAGGAAAAGGGAGAGAUGUUGGGAAAAUGAUCUUAUUUGAUGAAAACUUCUUAUGUCUUCUCACCAUUCAAAAAGAAUUGUUUGUCCAGUAUUAGAUGAUUGCAUGGGUAACAUUAAGCCAUGUUUCAAUAGAUGGUGAAGUGUGUCCACAUAUUUAAAGGGCCACUUACAUAUUUUCCCAGAUAAAAUCAAAAUCUGAUGACUGCUCAAUUUUAAUAUAAACAUCCUGUGUUAAUUCAUGACAUAAUACAACAUUUUAAUUUUUCGCUCUAACAGCAGAUAGAAACUGUUACUGCUUUCCCUUGUAAAUCAACAAUCUGUAAUACAUUCUGUACUUUUCCUUACUAGCAAUGCAAUGUUAUGUGAAUAUUUAAAUGGGACAUAUGCUAUAUUCUAUCAUAAUUAAAAAUUUUCUAACAAUAAAUUUAGUUCUCAUCAGACAGAUAAGUCAAACAAGUAUUAUUUUGUAUGGAAUGAAAUAAUAAUCAUUCUUAAGUCAUGCUAAUAAUAAAUAAUGGAAUUCUGAAUAAAAUGUAAAAAGUCCAACAUGUUUUAUAUUUUUUUCUAUAUUCAUUUCUUUUUGACACUGAAUUAUAUUAAUUUGUCACAUGUUAAUGUAAAGUUAAAAUAACCUAGCUCUUAUACCAUGCUCUCCCGUGUUCUGUCAUAAUAAUUUUGGGACUUCUGUUCCAUAUAUAUUAGAAAAUAUCCGUGAGUUGAUUAUGUGAUAUUUUCAUCUGACCUAUUUUUAAAAUUUGUCAUGGGAUUUAACGUGUUUUCAUUGCAAAUGUUAUCUGCAGAAUUAAA